CUGAUGCCGAGACGGUGUUAUCUUUCCUUAAUUCUUCAGGUGCUCUUGCGAUUUUCGGCCGCCUGUUAACUUCGUCGAACAGAAAUACAGUCUGAUCAAAACUGAAAGAACUUUCCCAAGKUUUUCAGGCUCGGCAUCCCUCGUUUGCCAUAUCACACACMCAAAUUCAAACCAAACACCCGAUACCAUGCCGAACGUUCCUGGCUUGUUCGCCUUUUUGACAGCUAUCACCGUUGGAAAUUUGUUGCACGCUGCUGCCUCUGCCAUUCGACAAGGGAAGAGCAAUGAGUUCCGCCGCCACCUCGUCGAGGACGGCACGGAGUGUAUAGUGUAUCAAAAACACACAGAGUUCGAGGACCCUUUACGGAACAAUGAAUCGUGGGGGUGCGAAUUUUCUAGAGACCAAGCCAAACGAUUCGGUGUUCACGACAUCAUCGACAUCGAAGGAGUCUCCAAUGACUAUUUCGAGUCAAGACAUAUCGUUUCGGGAGAAGCCGUCUUCUCCGCUAGCGGAGCCAUUAUUGAGGAGUCGAUGAUAAAUAAUUACGCAAAGCUAGUUGUUUCAAAUGAAACGAUGGUGCGAUUAAAACCCUUGGCGCAAGACGAUCCCCGGCACCAACAUCAACGGAGACUGCGGCGAAACCUUGGCAGUUCCACGCCCGGGAUAUUUCGAACCUUGGUGGUCAAGGUCAUCGACGGCGAGAACAAAGCAGUUGAUGCAUCUUUGUCGGAAUUAMAUGGACGCGUAUUUACGGAUUUUGCAAAUCUGAAGACUCAGUAUGAAGCGUGUUCUAAGGGUCAGAUGAUAAUCGAACCCGCCGAUGUUGGAAAUAGUGGCAUCGUGGAGGUUCGGAUCAGUGCCAGGAUGUCGAGCGAUGGUAUAACUUCUGUACAGAAUGAGGCUGUGGACAAAGCCGAGGAACUCUACGGUGGAUCAGCGGGCCUGAAAGAAACCUUCGAUUUCGUUAUGUUCUGCCAGCCUCCCGGAUCUCCCGAGCCAUGGAUCGCCUACGCAUUUAUCAAUCAUUGGGCCAGUUUCUACAAUGGCGACUGGUGCAAACAAAUGUCUGCUCAGGUCCAUGAGGUAGGACACAACCUUGGGUUGGGCCAUAGCGGUAAGGAUGGGAACGAAUAUGCCGACACCUCUGACUUGAUGGGCUAUUCUUACGACUUGGACGACGGCCCAUACAUGUGUUUCAACGCUGCCAAGAACUAUCAACUGCAAUGGUAUGCUGCGCAACAAGAUUCAAUCGAUCCCCUUGACUUUGYUGGCGAUUCGAAAUCUUUUGUAUUGAAUGGAAUCGAUGAUUACAAAAAAAAUGGACCAGAACUCAUUACCUUGCGCCUCGAACAGCACGGCGACAAAAAAGGAAUCGAUUACUAUAUCGGGUACAACCGAGCUUCGGGCCCGAACCGAGGAACUARCGAAGCCGCCAACCAGGUGGUGAUUUUCGAAAAGACGGGCAGUGGGCCGUAUGGUGCCGGGAAAAGCUCGCGGAUAGCAGAUCUAGUGGUGGGRGACACGCACAUGAUCGAGAAUUUCAAGGACACUAUCUACAACGUUGGCAUUCGCUGGGAUUCGCUUUCGGAGGACCUCAAAGAUGCCACCAUAACGGUAUCUACAAGCGACGSAUGGCCCACCUCGGCACCAACGACGUCGUGCGGAGAGAACUCUGCCGGACGGUUUCGACUCRAACUCAAGACCGACGUUUACGGCUCGGAAACAACCUGGGAGCUCCGGGAGAGAAAUUCGGGACAGGUGUUGGAAAAAAGCACGGAAGCUUACGACAGCCACCAAAAAUACACCGUUCCGGAGGAAGGCUCGAUUUGUUUGGAAGUCGGUGGGUGUUACGAAUUUCAGAUCUUCGACAGCUUUGGCGAUGGAAUGUGCUGCGACAACGGAGACGGAUACUACAGGGGCCUUCUYGACGAGCAGAAAAUCUUUGAGGGGGGUGACUUUGGGAGUAACGAAAMGGUCCGGUUUUGCGUGAAAGACAAGGUGCYCCAAUUCCCCACGGCCUUCCCGACGGGAUCUCCRACGACGGGAWCUCCAACGACGGGAWCUCCAACGACGGGAACUCCAACGACGGGAACUCCARCGACGGGRACUCCAACGACUGGAUACCCGACGACUGGAUCCUCGACCACGGCACCCACCUCGGGGGAUGACUGCUCGAACGACCCCCGUUUCGAGUGGAGAAACAAGGAGAAGCUGACCUGCGACCGGUGGGCCGGCAAGGGGAAGCACAAACUCCCCAGGCCCAAGGUCAAGCACCGCAUCAAGAAGCGUUGCCGGAAGCAACAGGAUGGCACCAAGGUCUGGGACUUCUGCCCCGAGACGUGCGCCCUGGUGGGCCUGGGGAGGUGUGCUCCUUCCCGGCGCCGCGGGCGGUGACAGUGGAGGUCGCCGGGGUCCGAUCGAACGCCGGUGCGCAGCUGCCGAACGAGGAACUCAACACAGCACAGCACAGCACAGCACAACACAGCACAGCACAAAACAAAACAAAACAAAACAACACACACGCCACAAAAACGACCGGUCCGAUUCACUGCGUUGUGUUCCGCUUUGCUUCGCUUCGCACAAGAGUCCGGGUCGCUCGCUCGGAAGCCCGAAUAAUCGUUCUAAGGCACA